AUGGAGAAGUUUUCGAAUUGGAGAGAUAAGGGUACGGGGAUUUCGCCGUUCAUGCCUAUCCCCGAACCAGCGAUGCUGUUUAUGAUCGUACCCAAGGCGAUUGUCUUUUUAAUGAAGAUGCCAAUUUUCGUGCUUGCAUUAGGCGUGUAUUUCUUGUUACCAUUCCCAGUUAUUGGGCGCUUUAUAAUAUUGGUGCUAUUUGGAUUCAGGAAUUACGAAUUGACGGUUGAUGGGGUGAAGAAAUCAAAAACUGACGAAAUUAAUGCUACUAAGCCCACCGUGGGUGAUUUUGUAGUUGUUAACUACCAAUCGCCAAUUGAUGGUUUAAUCUUAGCGGCGUUAUCCAAUGCCAAUUGGAACAAGAUAGCAAUAUUAAUCCCCAACAAGGAAGGCGAAUUAUAUCAAUAUAGUAUUUGGGGACUUAUUAGAUAUACAUUAUCUACCGACAUUGGUGUUCCAACCAGCACCAUCAAAAUCGGCAACUAUUCGAGCUUGAAGGAAAAGCUAGUAUUCUGUUUUAUUGAAGGUACACCAUCUAAUAAUAAGUCUAUAUUGCCAUUUAUGGAUAGCGUUGCUGCCAUUCCAAAGACCGCGUUCAAUUUCAAAACAUUAAUUGUAAAGAUUCAACCAGGUUAUUUAACCACUCCAUUGCCAAUAGUUUCCAAAAGGAGAUAUUUUGUCAGGUUAUUGACAAAUUUGAGUAAAAACAGCUCUAUUAGAGCUAAAAUUUUUAAGCAUGCACCUACUGAAUCAAAAGAUACAUUUGAUUUUAGGUUGCUGAAACAUUGCUUCGAAGUGGGCCAAUUAAACUUGAUAGGCCAAGAUUUGAACAUUAAUCAAAAAAUCACCUUCUACAAUUACUAUAUAGACCAUAAAGUUAAGAAACAAUAA